AUGGCGAGCGAGCGAAAUAGAUUUGCGCCGCCAUCUUACAAUUACGGAAUGGAAUUAACAGAAAGUCCAAUGUCAAUACAAGCUCCCCGGGCUCCAACAUACUCAUAUACCCCCACUGUACCCCAAGAAAAAUACGUAAUGCGAGACGAAGAACGAUAUCCGACAGUGGUGGAAGAGCCCGCGGGACUGAUUCCAUAUGAACCGGUAGCGGAAGAUUCGAGCGCUACAAGCGUAACGAGAAAUGUUGCGGCUCCCUCAUUAGAUGACCAGAUGUCAAUUGCAAAGCCAGAGAACGAACCAUUACCAGAAAGGGCGCCAGUGAGGACAAUCCUGGGAAUGCCAAAGAAGCGGUUUUUCAUGGUCAUGACGGUCGUUGGAAUGGUGGUGUUAUGUUUGAUAAUAAUAGGCGCGGCGGUAGGCGUCUCCAAGGGCAAAUCGAACACGAAAUUCCCAUCUAUCACUGCAGCGGGUGUCUUUACAGGAGCCAACAACACAGAAUGGAAGAUGCAUGUUGUGCAUGCGAAGACAGGGUCUGACCACUUCUCAGUGAAAUUCAACAACGGUACAGGACCCUGGUCGGAGAGGCAGAGCUUGAACUUCACAAUCAUUCCAAAGCUAGACGAUCCUAUGACCGCGACUAGUGUGCUUGGGAAUGAUGGCAAUAUCUAUCUGAAUCUCUUCUAUGUUCACGAUGAGAACAUCGUUCUGGCGAACUUCAGCUGUAUUCAGGAGGCUUGUACGCCGGUAUUUAACGAAGUAAUCACGAAAGGAAUUACUUACCCACUUUCUCAUGACUCAAGCCUGGAGUCGGUGUACAUUAAUUCCUCCGCUGGAUACCGAAUCUUCUAUCACAACUCGGAUAAGUACGUCACGCAACUUGGCAGUGCUGGAGACGGUACAUGGGAUCACGGAGCUGCCAUCUCUGGCAAGGCCUUGGAGGGGAGCAGUAUCAGCGCGGCUAUCAUCGACGGCGCUAUUACUGUACUUUACGUCGACGACAAAGACAAAAUCCUAUACAAUGUACAAGCCAGAGAGGGUCGCUGGCGCAAUCCAACAGCAGCGCUCCCGUCUGCACCUUUCCAAUGGGACGCUCUAGCAACAGUCGCAGCCAGCUACCGACCCGGUACUGACGUCCUCAGCGUCUUCUACACAGGCUCGGACGCACGCAUCUACGAGCUCUACGCCACGAACGCCUCGACAGAGGCAUUUUCUCAGAUCACAAGAGGUGAUCUUGAAGCAAACUCUACGUCUGGCAUUUCGACUGCGGGGUGGAAUACGGAGCCAUAUACGGAUUUAUCGUGGGGACCAAGCGAUGCUCCAGGGGCGGCAAUCGCGUCUUUGGCGUGGGAUAAUCAGGCGAGGUUCCUUCGGUUGAUGGGAGGCAAGCUGGCAGAGAGUGUUGGGAUUGAUGGAGUGUGGUCAGCGAAUUUCAUGUGA